AUGGCGAGUGGCAGGCCGAACAAGCUGGCGUUCUUGUCUAUGCAGGCGCCAGCUGGCUACGUGGCUGGUUUGGGACGUGGGGCGAGUGGCUUCACGACGCGCUCCGACAUUGGACCUGCACGUGAAGGGCCCUCGGCAGAAACGGUGGCGGCGGCGCGCGCACGACGAGGGGAAGAUGAGGGAGAAGACGAUGAUGAUCCCGAAAGAUUUCAGGACCCAGAAGAAGAAACAGGUCUGUUCGCCACGGCCGUGUACGAAAAAGACGAUGAAGAAGCUGAUCGAAUUUGGGACAGCGUCGACAGACACAUGGACGAGCGAAGACGAAAGCAACGCGAAAUACGUGAAGCAGUCGAGCGCGAGGCCAUACGGCAGUCACAGCCAAAAAUCCAGGCGCAAUUUGCUGAUUUGAAGCGGAACUUGGCGAGUGUAAGCGAGUCUGAGUGGGCGAGUUUGCCAGAGCCAGGCAACAUGACGGGCAAACGACGCAAGGCUGCAUCGCUCCGUGAGAGCCGCGAUAAUCGCACCUAUGCUAUGCCUGAUAGCAUGCUAGCCUCUGCCCGAGAUCGAAAUCAGAUUCAAAACACAGCUGCCGAUGUAGAUGGAACUGUGAGCUCACUUACGGAGAUUGGUGAGGCACGAAAUAAGGUGUUUUCCCACCAGCUCGACCAAGUAUCGACACAAAGCCAGAUGGCAUCAUCGGGCACAUCUUCGACCAUCGAUCCGACGGGCUACCUAACAGAGCUGUCAAGCGUGCAUGUCAAGUCGGACGUUGAGAUUGGUGAUAUCAAAAAGGCUCGGAGCCUGCUUGACUCAGUCAUCAAGACCAACCCGAAGCAUGCACCUGGCUGGAUUGCAGCGGCACGCCUCGAAGAGGUCGCUGGCAAGAUGACGAUGGCACGCAAAGUCAUCGCGCAGGGUUGUGAGCUGUGUCCUCGCAGCGAAGAUGUGUGGCUCGAAAGUGCUCGGCUCAAUUCACGAGACAACGCAAAAAUGGUCCUCGCUCGUGCAAUCCAGUUCCAGAGCCAGUCCGUUGCUAUCUGGCUGCGUGCGAUGUCGCUUGAGACGGAUCUCGAGAGCAAGAAACGCGUGGUCCGGAAGGCUCUGGAACACAUUCCACACUCCGUCAAGCUCUGGAAAGAGUUGGUCAACUUGGAGGAAAGGCCUGAGGAUGCACGCGUGCUGCUGGCUGGCGCCGUCGAAGCCGUGCCCAUGAGUGUAGAGCUAUGGCUAGCUCUUGCGCGUCUGUCAUCGCCGAGCGAUGCCAAGAGUGUACUGAAUCGCGCACGCCGCACCAUUCCGACGUCGCAUGAGAUUUGGAUCGCGGCUGCGCGCCUGCUUGAAGAGAGUGGCGAGGCGGCUGAGCGCAUUGACAAGACGAUGAAGGCAGCAGUGGCAUCGCUUCACAAGGCCGGUGCACUCCUUAGUCGUGAUCAGUGGCUGCGUGAGGCUGAGCAAGUCGAUAAAGAGGGUAGCCCGUUGACGUGCGCUGCCAUUGUACGCGCGACCAUGCAUUUGGACAUCGAUGACGAAGAUCGGCAGCGCGUGUGGACGGAAGACGCAGAUACAUGCUUGGAGCAUGGACGCAUUGCCACGGCGCGUGCGAUCCUGAGCUGUGCCCUAGACGAGUUUCCAGAUGUACUUGAUAUCUGGCAGCAAGCAGCUCGACUUGAGCGCAUGCACGGCACGCAUGAGCUGUUCACAGCGCUGCUGGAACGGGGUGUUGAACAAUGUCCUCAGGCCGAGUCUCUCUGGCUCUUGUACGCGGAUGACCGUCGGCGUGCUGGCGAUGUGUCAGGAGCACGUACGAUUCUUGCGCGUGCGUUCGAUGCGAACCUCGGCUCAGAGUCGAUUUCACUUGCUGCUGCGACACUUGAAUCGGAUCUGGGCGAUAUGCAUGCAGCUGCCAAGCUGCUGAUGCGAGCGCGUGAAGAAGUGCGGACAGAACGCGUCUGGAUCACCAGUGUCCAAGUGGCAUGGCGGCAGGGAGCCUACGACGAUGCGCUGACGCUUGCCAAGAAUGCCCUUGAGCGUUUCCCAGCACUGGAGGCCGUAUACACGAUGCAAGCACGUCUGUAUGAAACGAAAGGCGAUCUCGGAGCUGCACGCGAGGCUCUAGCUGCUGGACGGCGCGCGUGCCCAACGUCGAUCAUGCUGUGGCUACUAAGCAGUCGGCUCGAGGAAAGAACAGGAGCCCUGAUCCGUGCGCGAGCCCUUUUAGAAAAGGGACGCCAGGCACACCCAACGAGCGAUGAGCUGUGGGCCGAAUCAGCCGCAGUGGAGCUGCGCGCUAAUAGUGCAGCACAGGCCAAGACACUACUGAGUCGUGGACUGCAGGCGUGUCCGUCGAGUGGGCGCUUGCUAAGUGCAGCCAUUUGGCUCGAGCCACGACCAGCGCGCAAAAGCCGGGCAGCCGAUGCUUUGCGAAGGUCGGCAGACAGUCCGUAUGUCAUAUGCACGGUAGCGCGCCUAUUCUGGGACGAGGGUCGGUAUACACAGGCACGCGAUUGGUUCACCAAGACCGUACAAGCAGCGCGGACAUGGGGCGAUGGAUGGGCAUGGUGGUAUGCGUUUGAGGGAACGCAGCCGGAUGGCGAUGCACAACGGCGUCAGCUGCUCGACAAGAUUGAACUGGCAGAGCCGAAAGAGGGCGACGUUUGGACACAUCUACGAGAGAAGCCAGAAUUCGCUGCGUGCUCCUUGCGAACUUUAUUGCCAGUGGCGGCUGAUGAGGUUAUAAAGCAAGAGAGCGACUGA